GGUUUAGAGAAACAUCAUCUCAUCUACAUACUCUACUACAAUCAACUUCUUCACUCCUUCAAACAAAUCUUCACAAUGGUUUCUGCAUCUUCCCUCCUCCUCGCUGCAUCAGCUAUCGCAGGUGUCUUCUCCGCGCCAGCCGCGGCACCCGUCAGCGAGAACUUGAAUGUCUUGCAAGAAAGAGCGUUGACUUCUUCCGCUACCGGUACUAGUGGUGGUUACUACUACUCCUUCUGGACCGAUGGAAGCGGUGGUGUUACAUACUCCAACGGAGCCAAUGGUCAAUAUGCCGUAAGCUGGACCGGUAACAAGGGUAACUUCGUCGGUGGAAAAGGAUGGGCUGUUGGUUCCGAGCGCUCCAUCUCCUACACCGGAUCCUACAAACCCAACGGAAACUCCUACCUCUCCGUCUAUGGUUGGACUACCUCCCCCCUCAUCGAAUACUACAUCGUCGAAGACUUUGGCACCUACGAUCCCUCCUCCGCCGCCACCGAAAUCGGCAGUGUCACCUCCGACGGUUCCACAUACAAGAUCCUCGAGACCACCCGUACAAACCAACCUUCCGUUCAAGGAACUGCUACCUUCAAGCAAUACUGGUCCGUCCGUACUAGCAAGCGUACGAGCGGUACCGUCACCACUGCAAACCAUUUUGCAGCCUGGAAGAAGUUGGGAUUGACUUUGGGCUCAACUUACAACUACCAAAUUGUUGCUGUUGAGGGUUACCAAAGCAGUGGUUCCGCUUCCAUCACUGUUUCUUAAAUCUGGGAUGGGUGAAUGAGUAGAUAGGGGUUGUGGAGUGUUGAGAAUUUUCGUCUUGUAUAUAUUCAUUACGAUUUCGUUCCUGGCCACACUGGAUCGUAUCGUUUCCGUAGGCUCGUACAUAUAUAUAUCUGUUAUCUUUCGUGCACAAUCAAGUUUACA